AUGGCCGCCGGCACAUCUUCUUUCAGGAAAACGGCACAAGCGACAUCUCAUCAACAACAACAACAAAAACAAAAACAUCAGAAAAACGAUAUCUCCCGAACGCAACUGUUAAACGACGGGAACGUCAUACCGACUUUAGGAUUAGGGACGUGGAAAUCGAAUCCACCUGAGGAGUGCACUUUAGCCAUCACUUCGGCGUUACGGAACGGGUUGACGCAUUUGGAUUGCGCGUCGGCGUAUGCGAACGAACACGUGAUUGGAAAGUGUUUGAGUAAAGUUUUUGGCGACGAAGAUACGUCGCGAGAGGACGUGUUCAUUACGAGUAAGUUAUGGAACGAUAGACGGAAACCAGAUGACGUUCGAGAGGCGUUGGAACAAACAUUAGAAGAUUUACAGUUGGAGUACAUCGAUUUAUACUUAAUUCAUUGGCCAGUGUGUUGGAAACGAGGAACGGUAUUAGUGGACGAUACGGAGACGUCCAUCGAGGAGUGUUGGAAGACGAUGGAACAGUUGAAGAGAGAAGGGAAGGUGAAAUCGAUUGGGGUGAGUAACUUUAAUCAAGAACAGUUGACACAGUUGAUGAAACAUUCAGAAAUUAAACCAGCGGUGAAUCAAAUCGAGUCGCACCCGAUGUUACCGAACGAUGCGUUGAUUCAGUUUUCAAAGAAGAUGGGCGUGGCGGUGACGGCGUAUUCUCCAUUCGCGAGAGGAAGCGAGUUGUUUAAAAACGAAAUUGUACGAAAAAUAGCAGAAAGAAGACAAACGACGCCAAGUAAAGUGAUUUUAAGAUGGCAUUUACAGAGAGGCGUGAUUGUGAUUCCGAAAUCGGCGUCUGAAAUUCGAGCGAAGGAAAACGCCGAUUUUCAGGCUUUGGAAACGUUUUCGCUCACGGAGGAAGAUAUGGAGGAGUUACGCGCGCUCGAUUGCGAUUAUAGCACGGCACCGGCGCCGUGGAGUCAUUUCCCGCAAGUCGCCAGAAGAAAUAAGAUUUUAAGGCCGUUAUUCAAAGUGUUGACGUACCCGUUUUUUAAGGUGUUUAGUAUGGACGUGCAGAUGAUGGGAAGGAAAAAAUUCAUCACGUUUGGCGCGACUCGGCGCUGA